AUGGAUAGGAUCAUACGUGUAGCUAAGAAACCAGUUGUUCUGGUUCUCCUUUCUGGUGGUCCGGUUGAUAUAUCUUCAGCCAAGAAUGACAAGAACAUCGGAAGCAUCUUGUGGGCUGGUUAUCCCGGCCAAGCUGGAGGAAGUGCGAUUGCAGAAGUUAUCUUUGGCGACCACAACCCAGGAGGAAGAUUGCCAGUGACUUGGUAUCCGCAAGAUUUCGUAAAAGUACCAACGACAGACAUGAGGAUGAGGGCAGAGCCAUCAUCAGGCUAUCCCGGGCGCACGUACCGUUUCUACGAAGGUGAAAAAGUUUUCGAGUUCGGUUACGGCCUCAGCUACUCAAAAUAUGUUUAUGAGCUCCCAGCUGUCACACAAAGCAUGAUCCACUUGAAUCAAUCAUUAGCUCGUUUUUGA